AAAAAAUUUGUAUCCCUAACAUUUCAAAGCAGCUUGCCGAGCCUUGCUCUCCUGGAACAUACACAGUCAUAGAGGGCGGCCCAGCCGGAGACUGAGUCAUUACAGCUACCUGAGGCUUUUCGAAUUUCGUUAACACGUUGUCGUUUUCCUUUUCAUAGCCGAUGGGCGAUGAGAAAUCCGCGAUCGUGAUGGCCACUAGGGACCGGGAGAGGGAUCGAGAGCUUCUCAUCCCAGUCGCCGACUCCGUACACGAUGAUGUCGCCCCUAAACCUUCUUCGUCUUCCUCCUCGUCGCAUCAUUCGGGACGUGAGACAUUUUGCAAAGUUGUUAGGAGCUGGGCUUCAAAAAAGUUCAUGACUGGAUGUGUAAUUCUAUUUCCCAUUGCUGUCACUUUCUAUGUAACAUGGUGGUUUAUUCAUUUUGUUGAUGGAUUUUUCUCCCCAAUCUAUGCCCAACUUGGAAUCAAUAUAUUUGGUCUUGGAUUCAUAACUUCCAUAACAUUCAUUUUCUUGGUUGGGGUAUUCAUGUCAUCCUGGUUGGGAGCAUCUGUCUUGGGUCUUGGGGAGUGGUUUAUCAAACGGAUGCCGUUUGUUCGUCAUAUCUAUAAUGCUUCGAAGCAGAUUAGUGCUGCCAUAUCACCAGAUCAAAACACACAGGCAUUCAAGGAAGUGGCCAUCAUUAGACAUCCACGUAUUGGUGAAUAUGCAUUUGGGUUCAUAACUUCAACUGUCAUCCUCCAGAACUAUUCAGGGGAAGAGGAGCUAUGCUGUGUCUAUGUUCCUACAAAUCAUCUGUAUAUUGGUGAUAUAUUCCUAGUGAACGCCAAAGAUGUUAUUAGGCCCAGUCUCUCAGUUCGGGAAGGCAUUGAAAUUGUAGUGUCUGGGGGGAUGUCAAUGCCUCAGGUCCUUUCAACAUUGGAUUCAAGCAUUCCAUUGGAUAGAAGUAUAUCUGACAGAAGCUGAGUUGAAGACGAUAGCUUGAAUUGGUUUCAGAUUAAGUCAUCAGAACACCCACAAUACAAUCAUUGAAAUGGCUGCAAGGAGAUGGUGUGCGUAGUUCUGGAUCGGAGUUCUGAUCAAGAUUUUGAUGGUCGAUAGGAUCAAAUUCUGGUGGCUUAUGUAACAUUGGUUAUUGUUUAGAAUGUAGGUUUAGAGUUUGGAUGGAAAUAUAGCCUGGUGGAUAAUACGUGCAGAUAGGCUUGUUGGCUUUGGGUCCCUAUUUUCCCAGUUAGAAGUUGGCACUGAAUUUGUACUUCAUGAGCCACUCCAAUAGUCAAAGUUUGCCUUUGUAGAUAAGAUUUCAUAUUCAUGUUCAAUGUCCCCUUCUUCUCAUUA